AUGCAUUUGAUUCCCAGGGAGUUGGAUAAGCUUACCAUCGCUCAUCUCGGACUUCUGGCUCAACGUCGUCUAUCACGCGGUAUCCGACUCAACCACGCUGAAGCUGCUGCCCUGAUAUCCUCUGUUCUCCACGAGCUCAUCCGCGACGGACACUAUGCAGUGGCGGACCUCAUGUCCCUGGGCCGGUCCAUCCUCGGCAGGCGACAUGUCCUCCCUUCUGUGUGGUUCACGCUCCGCCAGCUGCAGGUAGAAGGGACAUUCCCAACAGGCACAUACCUCGUCACGGUGCAACACCCUAUCGCCGGUGAAGAGGGGGAUUUGGCAAAGGCGCUGUACGGUAGUGGCCUGCCUGUGCCGCCGUCCGAUCCGUUCCCGUCUUCGGAUCCGGCGGACUAUGACGAGGAGAAAGCGCCUGGGGCUAUAGUCCUUUUGAAAGGGAAGGACGGAAAGCCUGUUCCCAUUACGCUGAACGAAGGGAGGAACAGACGGUGUCUUGAAGUCACGAACUGUGGGAGUCGGCCGAUUCAGGUUGGGUCCCAUUACCAUUUUAUUGAGACAAAUCCCAAACUCCUUUUCAAUCGCAUUCACUCGUACGGGUACCGCCUGGAUAAACCUGCGGGGGCAUCUGUGCGGUUCGAACCAGGAGAGAAGAAGGUAGUGAACCUGGUUGAGAUCGGAGGGCACAAGAUCAUCCAGGGAGGUAAUUGGAUCGCCCCGGGGAAGGUUGACCCAGGAAAUAUCAAGGAGAUUGAAGACCGACUCCGGUCCAAGGGUUUCUGCUACGAUGAUAAGCCAGUUACGUUGCCCGUCCCUGAACCCUGUGUGAUGGAGCGAGAGAAGUACUGUGAGAUGUUUGGGCCCACUGAAGGCGAUCUGGUCCGCCUGGGACUGACCAAUCUGUGGGUUGAGGUGGAACGUGAUUACAGAAAGACCAAGUACUACGGGGAUGAGUGCAACUUUGGCGGUGGUAAAACCAUCCGAGACGGGAUGGGCCAGACCAGCAAUGGAUCCUCCGGGGGAGAAAAGGGCUACACUUGCGCGGACACGGUCAUCACCAACGCCUUGAUUAUCGAUCAUUCUGGGAUCUUCAAGGCGGAUAUAGGCAUCAAAGACGGCAAGAUAUCUGGGAUUGGAAGAGCCGGGAACCCCGAUACCAUGAAUGACAUCGACGACGGCAUAAUUAUUGGGGCCAACACCGAUGUCAUUGCCGGGGAGAACAAGAUCGUGACGGCUGGUGGAAUCGAUACUCAUAUUCACUUCCUUGACCCUGGACAGGUGAUGGAAGGGCUUUGCAACGGUCUGACAACCUUCCUGGGUGGAGGAACAGGCCCCUCAACCGGUUCCAACGCCACUACAUGCACGCCUGGCCCCGAGAAUAUCAAGCGAAUGAUCCAGGCCUGCGAUGACCUGCCCGUCAAUAUAGGCAUCACUGGAAAGGGAAAUAAUAGUUUCGCAGAGGGGCUUGAGGAGCAAAUCCUGGCCGGGGCUGUUGGUCUGAAGAUCCAUGAAGACUGGGGCGCGACCCCGGCGGUGAUCAGACAAUGUCUGGCCGUUUGUGAUAAAUACGACGUCCAAUGCAUGAUUCACACCGACACCAUGAACGAAAGUGGCUUUGUGGACCAGACUCUCGAAGCUAUUGGCGAUCGCGUGAUCCACACGUACCACACAGAAGGGGCUGGGGGCGGCCAUGCUCCCGACAUUAUCAGAGUCGUCGAGCACAGCAACGUGCUGCCGGCAAGCACGAAUCCGACGCGUCCGUACACCUUGAACACGGUCGACGAGCAUCUGGACAUGGUGAUGGUAGCACACCACUUGUCAAAGGAGAUUUCCGAGGACGUUUCUUUCGCGGAGAGUCGCAUUCGUGCCGAAACCAUUGCCGCCGAGGAUGUCCUCCAUGAUAAGGGAGCGAUCAGCAUCAUGUCUUCAGACUCCCAAGCGAUGGGUCGAGUCGGGGAAGUCAUUCUUCGUACCUGGCACACAGCUCAUAAAAUGAACGAGCAAGAAGGCCAAUUACCCGAAGACAGAGAGAAGUACCCCCAUGACGUCCGGGUGAACAAUUACCGCGUUAAGCGAUAUGUUAGCAAGUAUACGAUCAAUCCUGCCAUUGCGCAAGGCAUGUCGCAUCUGAUCGGAAGCGUUGAAACGGGCAAGGUGGCCGAUCUGGUGAUUUGGAGCCCAAGCAGCUUUGGGACCAAGCCGCUGCAGGUGUUGAAGAGUGGAAUGAUUGCGGUCUCUCUAGGGGGCGAUCCAAACGGAUCAAUUCCGACUAUCGAGCCCAUGAUAAUGCGACCCCAGUUCGCGACCCACGUACCGCGGACAUCAAUUAUGUUCGUCUCGCAGGCCUCCAAAGAGAAGGUCGAGAAGGAAUACGGCCUGAAAAAGACCAUCGAGGCCGUCAAGCACUGCCGAACGGUGGACACGAAGCAGAUACAGCCGACUCCCAAACCGGACCCUGUGCCCCUAAGCAAAAAGCACAUGAAGCACAAUAGCGAGAUGCCCAAGAUGGAGGUUGACCCGGAGACUUUUACAGUCAGAGCCGACGGUGAAGUGUGCGACGUGGCUCCUGCGACGGCAUUACCCCUUACGCAGGAUUACUACAUCUUCUAA